AUGUUUGUUAUUAUAUUGCUAUCAAUUUGUAUCUUUAUAUUAUUGGUAUGUAACUAUUAUGUGCAUUAUGGAAAAAUCGGACGACUACCAGGACCACUAUGUUAUCCAAUUUUUGGAAGUGUAUACGUAUUAUUUGGUUCACGAGAAGUACUGUGGGAGCGUAUAAUUACUCUUUCUAAUAAAUACUAUCCCAUUGGCGUAAUUUGGGCAUUCUUUGUACCCAUUGUAUUCAUCCGUCAUCCGGAUGAUCUAAAGACAAUAUUAAGCAACCCGAAACAUAUAAAAAAGAGUUUUUUUUAUGAUAAUAUCAAACCUUGGCUCGGAACUAGUAUUCUCACUAGUGAAGGCACCAAGUGGCAGUUACAGCGAAAGAUAUUAAUUCCUACAUUUCAUUUUGAUAUACUAACCCAAUUUGUUGAGAUUUUCGAGAAAGAAAGCAAAAACAUGAUUAAGUCCUUGAAAAAUGCAGAAGGCACAGUUGUAAAAGAUUUAUCAUCAUUUAUUAGUGAAUACACGCUGAAUUCAAUAUGUGAAACUGCUAUGGGCGUUUCUCUAAAAGAUUUCAAUGAGUUCCAGCAACAGUAUCGAAAAGCAAUUCAUCGAAUGAGCGAGCUUUGUGCUUAUAGAGCAACAAGACAAUGGCUGCAUUUUGAUUGGAUAUUCUCAUUGACGCCAAAAGGCAGAGAACAAGCGAAGAUUCUAAAUAUAUUGCAUGGAUUUACUGAAAGAAUUAUUGCCGAAAGAAAACUUUAUCAUGAACAAACUAAUGGUCAAUAUUUGAAAAACGAUGAUACAUCAAUAGAAGAAGAUGACACAAAAUUGAUUGGAAAGCGAAGGAAGAAGCUUGCAAUGUUGGAUCUUUUCAUAGCGGCAUCUCGUGAAGGUCUCAUGACUGAUUUAGAGAUUAGACAGGAAGUUGACACUAUUAUGUUCGGGGGCCAUGAUACUAUAGCGGGAAGUUUAAGCUUUAUUUUAGCAUUAUUAGCUGAGCACAAAGACAUUCAGGAUCGUGUCAGAAACGAAGUCGAUAUUGCUAUGCAAGAGAAUGAAAAUAAAUUAACUAUGAAAUUUUUGCAUCAAUUAUCAUAUUUAGAAAGAUGCAUAAAAGAAGCUUUGCGCUUGCAUAGUGUCGCAUUUUUUAUAUCACGUGUAUGUGGAGAAGAUGUAAAAUUACAAUCAUAUUUAAUACCUGCUGGCACCGUCCUGCAUAUUAAUAUUAAUGGAGUCCACACAGAUCCCAAUUUUUGGCCAAAUCCAGAGGUAUUUGAUCCUGAUAGAUUUUUGCCCGAGAGGAUCCGAAAUCGUCACCCUUACUCAUAUAUACCAUUCAGUGCUGGAUCACGUAAUUGUAUCGGCCAACGAUAUGCUAUGCUGCAAAUGAAAAUGAUGGUAGCUUCUUUGAUACAUAAUUUCUAUUUGGAAUCCGUAGAUUAUAUAAAGGAUAUUCGAUUCCAGAUUAAUAUCACAGUUCAUCCUCAUCCACUUCGUAUACGAUUUGUUCCUGUUUUGCAAAAUUAA